AUGAGAUGUAGCGGACCAAUGCCGUCCGGGAGUGUACUGCUGCUUUUGCUGUCCCAGGCGACUGGUCAUCUCCAAAGAGCCCUGGACGAGGAUGUCUGUGUGGGGAACUGCGGGGUACAGAUGCUGCAGCGCUCACUGCAGCCGCACCCUGCGAAGGAUUUGUGGGUGCCUGAGAUCUCUGUGAUCAAUCUGGAGGCGCGCAAGGACCGCUGGGAGACCAUGGAGAAGCGCCUGGCGGAACUGGGCGACCAUGUCACACGCUUCGCGGCGACGGAUGGCAAGACCACCGCGGUUCCCGACAACUUUGUGGCGCCGGUCAGACACGUCAAGGAGGUGAUGAGGACUCUGCUGGAGUACCACCUGGGCCUGGACGUGGCGGUGCCUGAAGACGCCUUGGAGUCCCUGGGCUUCGUGGACACCUGGACCGACGGGGAGCGGGCCUGUGCCAUGUCCCACAUCCGGGUCUGGCAGCAGGUGGCGCAGGAGUCUGCUCCGAGGCUGGUGUUGGAGGACGACGCAAAGCCAAUGCUCGCCUGGAAGGACUUGCUCUCGCUGCUGAGCUCGAGCAUGGAGAUGCUGGAGGGCCGCGAGCCGGAUGUGCUGUACCUGAACUACAACACCAUCGAGGGCUUCGCCCACGGCCGCCUGGGCCCUUUGGGCAUGAUGACUGCCGACAAGGAUCUGAUGGCAAAGAUGGGCGCCCAGUGGCUGUCUGAUAAGCUCAGCAAUGCCUCCUGGCAAGAAGAUGUCGGACGCAUCGGGGAGCACAAGCUGCUCAAGGCUGAUUGGCUCUUCGAGACAGGAGGCUACCUGAUCUGGCCGAAGGGCGCUCAAAAGCUGCUGGCAAAUCUGCCGGUGACGAGCCCGGUGGACACGUUCUUGGGGAAUCAGACCCACUUCGGCCACAUCGACAGCUAUGCAAUCGCGCCCGGGCUGAUCAACCAGGACAACAGCACUUCGGAUGUCGAUCCCACCAUCGCUGCGCGCUAUGUCAAGACCAUGACCCGCUGA